AUGGCUCGAAAUGAGUCCCAACCUCAAGCCAGUAGUUCCAGUGCCGGUCAUUCCAUUCAAAAUGGUGUUCCGAAGCAGGUUAAGAUUUCUGUCAAAGUUUUGUCCGCGAAACUCAACCCUUCUGGAGGGUUUCUAAGUAAACCUGUCGAUUCGUAUGUGGAACUCUCUGUUGAAGGGGGUCAGACGAGUAAGAAGACUUCAGUGAAGAAAAAGACUAAUAAUCCUGAAUGGGAUGAGUCGUUGUCGCUUCCCAUCACCGACUCUUCAGUUCUACUUUUUCGUGUAUAUAGUCGAGCAAAGCUUUUCGAUGAUCACUUGAUUGGACAAGCCCAAAUGAAGGUUGCGUCGAUUCCAAAGUUGGAAAGUGGAGAAUUUAAUCCAACGGCGAUAUCAAUCCAAGUGAUCGGUAAAGAUACCAACAAAAUGGGAACACUGAGAGUGGCAUUCUCCGGUAAUAUACUUAGGUACAAGAAAAAUGUUGCUGAAGCCAUCGAUGGUGAAGCCUCGACGUCGGCUGGAGCAAUGGGAAGACGUACUUCUGUGAAGAACCGUGACACAAUUGCACAGACUCCACAACAAGUUUUAGAGGAUCAGCGUCUUCCUGAUGGUUGGGAAAUGCGAUACGACCAAUUUGGACGAAAAUACUAUGUCGACCACACGACGAAGAGUACAACGUGGGAACGACCUUCUACCCAGCCGUUGCCAUCUGGUUGGGAAAUGAGGAGGGAUCCUCGUGGACGGGUGUACUAUGUUGACCAUAACACUCGAACAACUACUUGGCAAAGACCAACAGCUGAUAUGCUUGAGGCUCAUGAGCAAUGGCAAUCCGGUAGAGACCAAGCGAUGCACCAGUGGGAACAACGGUUCCUGCUUCAGGCCAAUUCAUUAACGGCUAGCGACGACCCACUUGGACCAUUACCGGAUGGCUGGGAGAAACGUGAGGAUCCUAAAACGAGAAGGAUAUAUUUUGUUAAUCAUGUAAACAGAACUACUCAGUGGGAAGAUCCGAGGACUCAAGGUGUGUCGGAUCAACCUCUUCCCGAUGGUUGGGAGAUGCGCUUUACUGAACAAGGCGUGCCAUUUUUCAUCGACCACUCAACAAAAACAACAACCUAUAAUGACCCCCGUACUGGUAAGCCUGUGGGACCAAUGGGAGUUUUCGGAGUCUCCAUGUCUUAUGAACGAACGUUUAGAUGGAAGAUUGCCCAAUUUCGCUAUCUCUGUUUGUCAAACAGUGUUCCGAAUCACGUGAAAAUAACUGUUUCCCGCACGAAUGUUUUCGAGGAUUCUUUCCAAGAGAUCAUGCGUAAGAAUGCAGUAGAUUUACGGCGAAGGUUAUACAUACAAUUUCGGGGAGAGGAAGGUCUUGACUAUGGUGGAGUAGCGAGAGAGUGGUUUUUCCUCCUCUCACAUGAAGUGUUGAAUCCAAUGUAUUGCUUGUUCAUGUAUGCGGGUAACAGCAAUUAUAGCCUUCAAAUUAACCCAGCUUCGUUUGUGAAUCCUGACCACCUGAAGUAUUUCGAGUAUAUUGGGAGGUUUAUUGCAAUGGCACUGUUUCAUGGAAAGUUCAUAUAUUCUGGCUUUACCAUGCCGUUCUACAAGAAGAUGCUCAGCAAGAAAAUUGUUCUAAAGGAUAUCGAACAAGUCGAUACAGAAUUUUACAACUCGGUGAUGUGGAUCAAGGACAACAAUAUUGAUGAAUGUCAGAUGGAGUUGUAUUUUGUUGCGGAUUACGAGCUUUUGGGGGAACUUAAAACUCAUGAAUUGAAACCUGGCGGAACCGACAUUGCCGUAACAGAAGCUAAUAAAUUAGAAUAUAUUUCACUACUAGUGGAAUGGCGUUUCAACAGAGGGGUUGAGCAGCAGACGAAGGCUUUCUUCACCGGAUUCAAUUCUGUUUUUCCUCUUGAGUGGUUGCAGUAUUUCGACGAGCGAGAAUUAGAGUUGUUGUUAUGUGGUAUGCAGGAUGUCGAUGUUGAAGAUUGGCAGCGUAAUACCGUCUACCGUCACUAUGCACCGCAAAGCAAACAAAUAGUUUGGUUUUGGCAGUGGGUGAGAAGCCUAGACCAGGAGAAACGAGCACGACUUCUACAGUUUGUUACCGGUACUUGUCGAGUUCCUGUUGGUGGCUUUUCAGAACUAAUGGGUAGCACCGGUCCACAGCUGUUCUGUAUCGAGCGGGUUGGUAAAGAUAAUUGGCUUCCUCGUUCACAUACAUGUUUUAAUCGCCUUGAUUUGCCACCUUAUAGAAGUUAUGAACAGUUAUCGGAGAAAUUAAAUAUGGCGAUUGAAAUGACUGAGGGCUUCGGGAAUGAAUAA